GAAUGUUUAAAUUUUAGAAAAUUUGCACAUUGCUCACAUUGCGUUUAAAAGUGAGCUAAAUGCGAAUUUUAUUUUACUUGUUUGCGUGAUUUUACACAAUCAACACGUCUCGCUAAAGUGAUAUUUUAUACUUUUCAAUAAAAUAAUAUUUGCAACGAAAACCUCCAUCAUCGAAAAAAAAACAACUCCCUUGAAUAAAAAAACGAAAGUAAACAUCGUUGUGGGGUGAUUUUUAAACCAUCACGAAAACAAAAAGGCUUGACAGCAAUUUCCAUCACUUGAAGAAUAACAACUGCAUCAUCACAGACCGCAUACGUAAACAAGAUAAGUGUUUCGUCAGCAGCUUGGAAAUAUUUUUUUGUUUUAACUAGCGUAAGCAUAAUUUGAAUAACAAUGAAUCGCAUGACAAUGGGUUCCGUUCGUGUGGCAAGAAGCGGGGCACUUAAUGAUGCAUUCGCUGCGGCCGUACAAUCCGCUGCGGGAGCUACUAACAACAGCGACUUUUCACACACUGAUAACAAUCAGUUCAAUUUAUCUGCGAAAGUUUCAUUAAGAAAUAGAAGCCUGACAACGGUUGCUAACAGCGAAACAUAUAGCAAAAAUCCACAACGCGCCGCCGAGAUCAUUAAACAAUCAGACGUUGUGUGCUUUGAUUUUGACUCUACUGUGAUUUGCGAAGAAGGCAUCGAUGAGCUCGCCGAUUUCUGUGGCAAGGGUGCAGAAGUAGCACGUGUCACGAAAGAAGCUAUGGGAGGAGCAAUGAACUUCCAAGACGCACUAAGUGUCAGAUUAAAUAUUAUAAGACCAAGCCAAAAACAGAUCAACGAUUUCCUCCUAAAACGUCCGCCAACCCUUACAAAAAAUCUUCGCGCAUUUGUGGAUAAGUUGAAAUCAGAAAAGAAAGAAAUUUAUUUAAUUUCCGGAGGCUUUCAUUGUCUUAUUGAUCCUGUAGCGGAUGAAUUGGGAAUACAAAGAAAUCAUAUAUUUGCAAACAAAUUAAUGUUCUAUUUUAACGGUGAUUAUGCAAGCUUUGAUACUACACAGCCUACUUCGAAAAGUGGAGGCAAAGCAGAAGCAGUAACUAUUAUUAAACGUUUACAUCCAAAUGCAAAUAUAACUAUGAUAGGCGAUGGCGCGACUGAUCUGGAAGCAUCUCCUCCAGCAAAUAAUGUAAUUGGUUUUGGUGGCAAUGUUCUACGUGAAGAGGUCCAUAAACGUGCUCAGUAUUAUAUUAUGGAUUUCACUCAACUGAUGUGAUACUAAGAUAAGAAUAUAACUGAAGUAAUAUAUUUACAUGUGCACACAACAAUAUGAAUAAUAUACGAUUACAAAGUAUAUUUGGUGAUAGCUUCUUAAUAUAACUUUUUUUUUUCAGUAAAAUCUAACAAUUAGAUACUUAUGCUUGGUAAAAGAAUAUAGUACGUAUCAUGUAGAUUUGUUCUACCUUCCGAUUCAAUUGUAAAAGCUCCUUUUUUAUAUGUAUUUGUUUUUGCAAUAUCGAUACAAAUUGCCUUAGAGGCAAAUCUUUUGAAACCAAACAAAGUAAUUUGAACUGGAAGACGAAACAAUUUUGCAGAAUCGAAAUGCAGAACAAGCUGGAUAAUAUCAAAAUAUGUAUA